GAGUAAGGCUAAGGAGUUGCCUCUGUCUGCUGUUCGUUUCAUGGAAGAACUGGGUGAAUGUGCUUUCGGCAAGAUCUACAAGGGACAUCUCUACCUUCCAGGCAUGGAUCAUGCUCAGCUCGUUGCUAUCAAGACACUAAAAGACUUUAACAACCCCCAGCAGUGGGCAGAGUUCCAGCAAGAAGCAUCGCUCAUGGCCGAGCUCCAUCACCCCAACAUCGUUUGCCUCUUGGGUGUUGUGACCCAGGAGCAACCUGUCUGCAUGCUUUUCGAGUACAUGAACCAAGGAGACCUCCACGAGUUCCUCAUCAUGCGAUCGCCACAUUCAGACGUUGGAUGCAGCAGCGAUGAGGAUGGGACUGUAAAAUCCAGCCUGGACCAUGGGGAUUUCCUGCAUAUUGCUGUCCAGAUUGCAGCGGGGAUGGAGUACUUAUCGAGUCAUUUUUUUGUCCAUAAAGAUCUCGCCGCUCGUAACAUUUUAAUUGGAGAACAACUUCAUGUGAAAAUCUCAGACCUUGGCCUCUCGAGAGAAAUCUACUCGGCAGAUUAUUACAGAAUUCAAAACAAGUCUCUCUUGCCAAUUCGCUGGAUGCCACCGGAGGCGAUUAUGUAUGGCAAGUUCUCUUCCGAUUCAGAUAUUUGGUCCUUUGGAGUUGUUUUAUGGGAAAUAUUCAGCUUUGGACUUCAACCGUAUUAUGGAUUUAGUAAUCAAGAAGUCAUAGAGAUGAUCAGGAAAAGACAACUGCUGCCAUGCUCUGAAGACUGUCCUCCCAGAAUGUAUAGCCUGAUGACAGAGUGCUGGCAUGAUCUGCCAUCCCGGAGGCCACGAUUUAAAGAAAUCCAUGCCAGGCUGCGCUCCUGGGAGGGUCUUUCAAGUCACACUAGUUCUACUACCCCCUCGGGUGGGAAUGCCACCACCCAAACGACUUCCCUCAGCGCCAGUCCGGUUAGUAAUCUCAGUAAUCCCAGGUACCCUAACUACAUGUUUCCAGCACAAGGAAUACCGCAAGGCCAAAUCGCCGGCUUCAUCGGGCCACCGAUACCUCAAAACCAGCGAUACAUCCCCAUCAACGGGUACCCCAUCCCACCAGGAUACGCUGCUUUCCCCGCUGCCCACUAUCAACCGCAAGGUCCACCCAGGGUAAUUCAGCACUGUCCUCCUCCAAAGAGUCGUUCUCCCAGCAGCGCCAGCGGAUCGACGAGCACAGGUCACGUCACUAGUUUGCCGUCUUCGGGAUCCAACCAGGAAGCCAAUAUUCCCUUGCUAUCUCAUAUGUCAAUUCCUAGUCAUCCGGGGGGAAUGGGUAUGACAGUUUUUGGCAAUAAAACUCAAAAACCAUACAAAAUGGACUCGAAGCAGUCUUCCCUAUUAGGAGACUCCAGCAUCCAUGGACCUAAUGAAUCUAUGAUUUCAGCCGAGUUGUAAAUAAGCGAGGCCUUUGUAAAUAUAUAACUAUUUACAAUACAAACUAGAAAGUCGUAGCAAAGAUUUAUAUUCAAAUAUUUUUAUUAAAGAUUCUUCUGGUUGUUUAACAGACAUCGCGGCAAGUAUCUUCUGUGAAGUUUCACUGCUUAACAGGAUGGGCGGAUGGGCAGACUCGACCAGACAAAGAUCUUUGUGGUAUGAGUAGUCGGCUUUGUCAAUGGACGCAUUGUUGCUUUAAGUGCCACUGACAAUUCAAAAAGGGGAAAGGGUUUGGGGUUUUGGGGGUUUUUUUUAAAAUAAAAACACUUUACCCUAUGCUUUUUCACAGCUUUCUAAACCUCUGAUGUGGUUUAAAUCACGGAAACUUUUUUAUACUGAAAACAUAUUUUAAUAUUUGUCUCUUUUUUUAGGAGAUGCAAAUAUUCGGAAAUCUGCUGGGUGUGCAAUUUCAGUUGCAAUGGCUAGUUAAAAUAUUUGUAAAUUUUGCAGUCAAGGAUUCUGUUUCAAAUAUGUGAUCUGAGAGCUGAAUCGAUUACUUCAGGUAGGAUUUUGGUCUUUCGUUAAGUUGGGAGUCUGAGUUCAGAUUCAGACCAAAAAAAGUCAUUUAUGUGACAGCACAAUAGCUCGAGUUACCAACUGGCAGUCUACAAAAAUCAUCUGCUCUUGGCUGCUAAAGAUGGCUGGAGUUCUAAGAAAUUGCCUUAAAGGAAAUGAAAUUAAAGCGUUUUAAUUUCAGAACCUGAAUCAACUUAUUCAAAGAUAACUUUUCAUAAUCUAGUAGUUAAAGCAGAAAUUUUAUAUCCUUUUGUUGCUAUGCAACUGUUUAAUGGAAAGGCUCCAAACCACAAUUUUAUAUAUGACAAUCAGUUUUCCCAGGAAUAUUUAUUUUUUCAGAUCAAUGUGACUAUGACUCCAGUUACCCUAAAAAAGGGAAACUCGCGUUCCAGCAGGCAGCAAAUCCAUUGAUAGCAGUUUUGUCUAUCAGUUCUAAUAAUGUGAAUUAGCGUUAACUUUCAACUUAGACAUACCACAUUUGUAUAAUUACUAAAAAUUCAUUCAGGUAUAAGCAAUCUAGAUAAUUCAUUUGAAACCACUUUAAUGAGACACAAAAGUGCCGUGUACGUUACGGUUUUUCACAGACUUUUUUUUGUACUGAAUAGUAUUUUUAUUGUACACGGAACGAAAACAAUCUUUUGCUCAGUUGACAAUGUUGUAUAAUAUGACUUUAUUUUUAUCUCUUUUGCACAAAAGUGUGAUAAUGUUUUGUACAGCAGAAGUGAAAAUACAUCUCUGCAUUUUA